AUGGAUAUUGAAUCAAAGACGGGCUUUUUCAGUGACCGGAAACGGAGGAACAUAUGCAUAGGCUUUGGAGUCACCCUAAUCUUGCUUAUUGUAAUACUGGUGAUAUUGGCCUUCACCGUUUUCAAAGCGAAAGACCCAGUAAUCACCGUCGAUUCCGUCGCUCUUGACGACCUCAACGUCGGGCUUGACAGGGCCACAGCAACGGUGAAUAUGAACUUGACCGUCGCCGUCAAUCUCACCGUCGAAAAUCCGAACAAAGUCGGCAUGAAGUACAAGGACACCGCGGCGUUGUUGAUUUACAGAGGAGAGCAAGUAGGAGAAGUUCCGAUUCCGGCUGGCAAAAUAUCGGCCGAUGAAUCAGUUCGUAUGAAUGUCAAUCUCACCGUGAUGGCCAACCGUUUCGUGUCAAAUUCUCAGACUUUCAACGACGUCGUUUCGGGCUCCUUACCUCUCAGCACUUACACAAAAAUUUCAGGGAAAGUUUUAAUCUUUAGCAUCUUCAAGGUUCAUGUGAACUCGGUUUCUAACUGCAGUUUCACUGUCUUUACAUCGAACCGUACAGUCAGCGACCAACAGUGUACGUAUAAAAAUACCUUGUAG